AACAUUUUCCUUUCAUGGAACUUCAAAUAAGAUCUCAAACAGGAAGCAGCAUUAUCAACAUUACUCCAAAUCAAUAACUCAAAUUAGCAGUUCAAGUAGAUUGAUUUGCAUUACAUAUUUCAUACGUCACUAUCAUUUUUCUGUAGUUAAUAACAGUUUGGUUCUAAAUACAUUACAUAUCUAUGACACCAUUAAGGAAUUAAAAGAACAAAUCGGACUCAUUUGGUCAGUUCUAUGACAGCCCUCAAAGUUCAGCCAAUCCAAGAUUGACCAACUACAAAAAAAAAAAAAACAUUGUGCGUGACCUACAGAACCUUUGUGCAUACGUGACCCUAACUUGAAUGGUUAACUUUUGGAUAUUGAUUUUGCAACAGUAACAAUGUCGCAUGUACUGACAAUUUGUUUUAAUUUUUCUUACCUUAUCAACUAAAUGUAGUCAAAUGCUCGUUCUUCAGAGAAGCAUUUUUUUUAAAUGUGCUUGUCAGUAUCUACUAACUGUUAACAGGCCAUUAAGACAAUUUGCUAGAUCAACAAUUCAUUAGAUUAGACAUUUGGAUGUUUUAGCUGUAAACUACAAAAGUGAAUCCACCUUGCCUUUGAGGGAAGUAAGACCAAAUAUUUUUCACCAUUUAAAUUAUCCUCAAUUCUGGGGGGACUUGACAAAAAAUGCCUCCAGCAGUGAGCACAAAUCGUCCAUCCUAUACUUUUAUUCUCACUUUACAGGUAUUUUAAUUGUUCUGCCACUACGUGUCGCUGGCAUGAAUAAAAUGAGUAAAAUUAUUUGUAGUAAAUAAAUCAUUUUCAGAGUGUUCAAGCAUAAUUGGAUCAUUUGCUGUGCCGAUACAACUGAUGAUCUGUAAAGGCACAUACUUGUUCUAAAUCACUGGACUAAUGCACCAUCUUACAUUUCUCGUGGUUCAGGUGAAACGAUGACACAACUUUCCUCAUUUAAAAGGUUCCUAAUUGUUCAACUGGUUUGUUUAGGUGUAGUUUGUAUCCUACAUAGAUAGCUUCGUAUUCAUUUUCCCACGUUGUUAGUCGUAGAUUGCGACAGCAAUCGAUAACAUCAAAAUGUACAAUCUGUCUAUUUCUUAUGCAAAUUAGCCGAUGCUUAUCUGAUUUUUAUCUCACACUCUGAAGAGGCUUGUAAAAUAUCCGUCGGAUGCUUUGUUGUCUUUUCUUUACUUGAAUGAGCGUGGGUAAAAAAAUAAAAAAGAACAUCCUGAUUUAUGUCUCUUGAAGCAUGCAGUGUAAAUCCAGCCUUAGAGGUGUGUCCUGAUGAUUAAAUAAGCCAAAAUAACCGCAGACGUCGGCCAGAAGAGAAACGUGGAGGCACAGCCCUUGGAAGAAAAAGUUUGGACACCCCUGCUGUAUAGGAAUCAGAAUGUGUGAAGCCUCUUUUCACUAAAUUUUUUUGCCAGCAUGGAGACCAGAGAAAUGAAGUUCAUCAAUGAAGGCCUGGAGGAUGAGAUGGAGGUGUGGGGUUACCGACCCUGCCCGUGGAAAAUGAUCCUGGUGGGUGUUGGUACCGUUUGCUCUGGUGGUCUCCUGCUACUCCUGCUCUACUGGCUCCCUGAAUGGGAGGUCAAAGCCACCUGCACGCUCAGCUCACUGAGCGAAGCACACACUCUGCUACUCAGGACCACGGAUGAUUUUAGGCAGUGGACUCGUGCCAAAGUACGUGUGAUGUUGUCUCCAGGAAAGACCCCCUUCGAUAGUGUGGAUGAUCAGUCCAUGGCUCACUUGCUGAAUGGCCACCACCUCAUUGCUGAAGAGAAGGAGCAAAAUGAGAAAUUCUACCUCAGACAGUCUGCUAACAUUAUUCGCUACUUUACUCACCACAGCAUCAAAUACUACUGGAAUGAAGGGACACAGGACUUUGAAACAUUCACGGGCUUGGAGCACUUAAAGGUGAACUGUGCAGCCAUUUACAGAGACCACAGCUAUGGACUCACAAAAACAAUACAGGACUACAGAGCUAUGUUUUUCGGCAAGAAUGAGAUUGACGUACGAGUUCCAACUAUCUUUAAACUCUUUGUAAAAGAGGUCUUGAACCCAUUUUACAUCUUCCAGCUCUUUGCCAUUGUUCUGUGGGCUGUUCAGGAAUAUUUCCAUUAUUCCCUCAGCAUGUUAAUUUUAUCUUUACUUUUAAUAGCUGCUUCUUUGUACACCAUACGAAAGCAAUACAGGAAACUUCAUAACUUGGUGGUUUCACACAGUAUGAUGGGAGUUUCAGUGUGCAGAAGAAAUGAAGAUACUGAACAAGUCAUGUCGACUGAGCUCGUGCCUGGUGAUGUCAUCGCGAUUCCAUCCAAUGGGAUGAUCAUGCCGUGUGACGCCGUGCUCAUCAGUGGCACCUGCAUUGUGAACGAAAGCAUGUUGACAGGGGAGAGCGUACCUGUUACUAAGACCAGUUUGCCAAGUUCAGGCGAUGACGCAGAGAGGAUCUACUCUACAGAGGAACACAAGCGACACACCCUUUUCUGUGGCUCACAUGUGAUCCAAAGCCGUUACUAUGCUGACGAGCUGGUGAAGGUGAUUGUGGUCAGAACAGGCUUUAAGACGGAAAAGGGCCAGCUCGUGCGCUCCAUCCUCUACCCUAAACCCACCAACUUCAAACUGCACCGUGAUGCUACACAGUUCCUAAUCUGUAUGGCGGUGUUGGGAGUGCUUGGUUUCUUCUACGCCAUCGUUGUUGAUGUCCUAUUGGGGGUUUCUGUCCAGGCUGUCAUCUACGACGCUCUGAAUAUUACUCUUAUUGCUGUGCCCCCGAUCAUACCCGUAGCCUUGACCGCCGGUCUUGUGCACACGCAGCGACGCUUGAAGCGAGACGGCAUCUUUUGUAUCAGUCCGCAGAGGAUCAACAUCUCAGGUCAGCUGAACCUGGUCUGCUUUGAUAAGACAGGCACUCUCACUGAAGACUGUUUAGACGUAUGGGGUGUUCAGAGAGCUGAAGCUGGCAUUUUUUCAGCUCCAGACAUUGAGAUAUCUACAAAGACUAAUUUUGCUGCCUGCAUGGCAACUUGCCACACCUUGAUCACCAUAGAAGGAAAACUCUGUGGGGACCCUUUAGACAUCAAGGUGUUCAGCGCCACGGGCUCGAUUCUUGAGGAGGCAACCGAAUACCACACUGCACUUUACAAUGCCAGAAUUUCCUCUGUUAUUCAAUUCCCGGAUCAGUCCAGUGAGUUCGGCAUUGUGCGCCAGUUUCCUUUCUCCUCGGCGCUGCAGAGAAUGUGUGUGGUCGUCCGGCAACUGGGACAAAAACAUUUUGACGUCUAUCUGAAAGGAGCACCAGAGACUGUGGCUAAUCUCUGCAAACCACACACAGUCCCACAAAGUUUCACAGAGAUUCUUGAGGUUUACACACGACAAGGGUUCAGGGUUAUUGCCUUGGCCCGUAACCAGCUAGAGUCUGAACUCUCCUGGCUCAAAGUCCAGAGCCUAAGCCGAGAGCAGAUAGAAACCGAUAUGGACUUCCUUGGUUUGAUCAUCAUGCAGAAUAAAAUCAAAGAACAGACUGCUGACGUUUUGCUUGAGUUAAGACGAGCCAACAUUCGAACUUUAAUGGUGACAGGUGACAACAUGUUGACAGCAAUAUCAGUGGCUCGAGACUGCGGAAUGAUUCCAGACCAUGAGAAAGUCAUUAUUGCAGAUGCAGUGUCUCCGAAUGAUCAAAAUCCCGCCAAGAUCACGUGGCGCUACUGCAAGAGCCCAGUUCAGAUAAACAAUCAGACUACUAAGAUCCCUUUUUCUGGUGACGGGGUGUGCAGUAACAAUGACCCUGGCUAUCACUUUGCUGUGAGUGGCCAAUCCUUCAAUGUCAUCACUGAACACUUUCCAACACUUUUCCAAAAGUUCCUCCUGAGAGCCAGCGUGUUUGCUCGCAUGACUCCGGACCAGAAGACUCAGCUGGUGCAAGCCCUGCAGAGUAUCGAUUACACUGUUGGGAUGUGUGGGGAUGGUGCAAAUGACUGUGGGGCACUGAAGAAAGCUCACAGCGGGAUCUCUCUUUCUGAGCUGGAGGCCUCUGUGGCUUCUCCCUUCACCUCCUCCAUCCCAAACAUCUCCUGCAUUACCAACCUCAUCAGGCAAGGCCGUGGUGCUCUAGUCACAACUUUCUGCGUGUUCAAAUUCAUGUCCCUCUUCAGCUUCAUUAUGUUCUGUGGAGUCAUUCUGCUUUACACGGUUCUCAGCAAUUUCGGAGACUGGCAGUACCUCUUAACUGAUUCUGUGAUGCUUGCUCUAAUCAUCCUUACCAUGAGUCUGAACCCAGCGUGGAAGAAGUUGGUGCGACGCACCCCCCCAACCAGUCUGAUGUCCAUCCCUGUGCUAUCGUCAAUUUUGUUUCAGAUAGUCAACUGUCUACUCUUUCAGAUCUUUACUUUUUUCUUGGUGCGACAACAGAGUUGGUAUCGGACUCCUCAGGAAAUUCAAUGCAAUGACUCCAGUUUCAGUGACACCUGCAGCCUCAACCAAACCAGAGAUGGAGCCUUAUAUAUCAUAAAGAACUUUGAAAACACCUCCCUCUUCUACGUUUCUGCAUUCCAGUACUUGAUUGUUGCGAUUGUAUUCGCAAAAGGAAAACCCUUCAGACAACCAAGCUAUAAAAACUGGUCAUUCGUGUUAACCUGCACUCUUCUGUACACUUUUAUCCUCUUCAUCAUGCUGUAUCCCAUUCCUGCUGUUGAUGAGGUCAUGGAGAUCGCGGAUGUUCCCUACAACUGGCGCAUUAUGCUGCUCAUUAUUAUUUUAGCGCACGCUGUUCUGUCUUUCAUCCUCGAGAAUUUGAUCCUUGACACUCUGUGGAAGUUUUUUCCAACUAAUCCGGGUGUAAAGUGGACCAGCAAAUACACAAGUAACACAACACAGAUGGCGAAUCAACAUUGGGGCUUGGCCUUCCUCUCCAGGAUCCUUUGUCGUAAAAACCGGCCCCCAAAGACUAAACACAAGUAUCUGGCAAUGAAGCUGCAAGAGGAGAUCGACUGGCCUCCUGCACCUUCAAGCAUCACCUAUGCUGGAACACCUCAGUACCACUUAUCGGUCCCAUUUUGACACUAAGAAUGACAGAAUAUCCUUAAACACAGGCCUCGCCUCUACUGGAUGGAUGGAUGGAUGGAUGGAUGGAUGGAUGGAUGGAUGGAUGGAUGGAUGGAUGGAUGGAUGGAUUCAGUAAAUAGGGGAAAAAAUAAGUUAACUGAACAUUUAAGGACUUUUUCUGUGAUUUCAGGCUAUCCCUGAACCCCCUGACUUGAUUUAGACUUUUUACAUUAAAAGACAUUGUAUCAA